AUGAGCCUGACGGAGUCCAGCCAGAGGGAGCUACAGCCCAACGGAUCUCUGUGUCGGACAGCAGGCGACGCCUUCAGGUGGCUCGACACACGGUGGCGUCACAUGACCACAAACACACCGCUGAGCUGGUUUCCUGUCCUCCUGGUGGUUCUUUCUCUGCUGUUUCUCCUGUUCGGUCUGCGCUGGUUUGGUCCAGCUGUUUUACAAUUGCUGCUUCCAGCUGUUAACAUCACAGAGUGGAGGCCAGCGGUCUCCAACGUCCCCGCUCUGUCCUCUAACAGCUUCCUGUCCUCUGAGAGCCAAUCAGGAGAGGGCGACGUAGAUGAGUCAAAGGAGGCGGGGCUGCUUCACAGCAAACCUCCACCAUCGGAAACGGCAGCAGGAGAGGAGCUUCUGUCCAGAUGUCAGGACAGCUGCCAACAGCUCGCCACAAUCCAGCAGGCGAUUUUGGGGCAGGUCUCUGCUCAGGUGCGAGAGGAAGUUCGGGCGCUGCUCUUCAGCAACCAGCUGACAGCGGGCGGAGACGCCGCCGCCCUCCCAGAGUCGCUCCUCCGGUGGCUCUCUGAGCGCUAUGUGAGCGAGACGGACCUGCAGGCGGCGCUGGCCUCUCUGGAGCUCAGCAUCCUACAGAACAUCAGCCUGCAGCUGGAGCAGCGGCGCGGCGAGGAGACUGUCAGAGAGCCUGUCCUGCAUGCUGCCGAGGGCGUCGGGGCCACGGUCACCCAGGAGGAUGUCCGUGCGGCGGUGAAGGACGCUCUGCGGCUGUUUUCUGAGGAUCGAACCGGCCUGGCGGACUACGCUCUGGAGUCUGGAGGGGGCAGCAUCCUGAGCACUCGCUGCUCGGAGACGUACGAGACGAAGGCGGCGCUGCUCAGCCUGUUCGGAGUCCCGCUCUGGUAUUUCUCUCAGUCUCCCCGAGCUGUGAUCCAGCCCGACGUCCACCCGGGGAACUGCUGGGCCUUCAGAGGCUCCACGGGCUUCCUGGUGAUCCGGCUCUCCAUGAGGGUCCUGCCCUCGGCCUUCACCCUCGAGCACAUCCCCAAAGCCCUGGCCCCGAGCGGGACGCUGCACAGCGCCCCCCGAGACUUCGCCGUCUACGGUCUGGCUAACGAGAGCCGGGAGCGAGGCAAGCUGCUCGGCACCUACACCUACGACCAGGAUGGAGACGCUCUCCAGACAUUUGCUGUUUCAGAGGAGAACAGCGAAGCCUUUCAGAUCAUCGAGGUCCAGGUUUUAUCUAACUGGGGCCACGAGGAGUACACCUGCAUGUACCGCUUCAGGGUACACGGGACGCCCGGCGACGUCUGAGCGCGCUCAUACAGUCGAACUAUUAGACUUGCGAGCGGGGUGGAGGCAGCGCAGAGGACAUCGUAGCUCUGGUUCAGACUCGCCUCCUGCCCUCGCCACUCGCCACAGACAUUUCCAUCUGGAAGUGAUCAGUGUUUCCUGUGGAAAAACAACAGUGUGUCAUUUCUGUCAAUAGUUAAUAUUUCUGUGUUUUUGUUUGACGUCCUGUUGGCUUUCCUGUUUUGUCUUUUAUUGGUCCCUCGAGCGUCUGUACUCUGAGCUCAGGCGUUCUCACAGGGCGACCCGUGGACGAGCUGCCAUGUUGAUGCAGCACAUGAACGGUCCUGGAAACGGCGCCGAUCCACAGUGACGCGUUUACUGUCUCCUGGAAAAGCAGGCGACGUUCCCGCUCGAGCAGAAUCGUUUAAAAGGGAGUUUGAGCUUUUUUUGCACAGACCGACUGAAACGUUUGAACCUGUGAAAUCCAGCUGCUGUAAUGUUCUCAUUUUGUCUUCAGGUUAAUUUGUUUUUAAUCUGUGGUUUCAUACUGGACGCUUCUAAUAAAGAUUUUCUUAAUAUACA